UAUUUGAAUGAUUUCUUGAAAUUUCAAGACUUUAGAUUAUGACUUUCAACAAUCAAGAUGAUUAUGUCUAAUUUCAUUAACCUAUCAAUUGUUAAUAAUGGUUACUUCAGAUGAGAUAAAUGCCAAUAUAACAUGGAUGGCUGAUAGAUUUAUGUUAUUUGCAACAAGAUUUUUACUCGGUCUGUUGGUCAAUGUUUCGGCCUCAGAGUCCAAGGACAACUUGUUAACAUCGGCUAUCCACAUCGUUUCAUUAUAUUAUGGCUCAAUAUACAGGUAUACAAAAAAAUCCUUACUUGAUGUUGCAAUUGAAGAGGGACAACCCGAGGCUGUUAAAUGUUUGGUAAACCUUGGUGAGUCUAUUGAUCGAGUUAAUCUACAAGGUAAAAGUCCGCUUCAUUUAGCAGCUUCGCAUGGCCAACUUGAAAUUGUUGAGUUUCUCCUAAGUAAAGGAGCUGAUGCUUCUUGUUUAAGCUUACCAACGAUUGGCGAUGACAAUGAAAAUGAUGGUGUCGAUGAGAAACCUGUGACUUAUAAUCAAACACCUCUUCAUUUAGCUAUCUCCAAUGGGAACAAGUCAGUUGUUGAAUGUUUCAUCAACCAUUUGAACAGCAAUCAAUCAACAAUUGCUGAUGAGUCUUUGGAUCUAGAAUUACCAAGUAAUUUGAAUAUCAAGGACAGUCAAGGAUUGACUCCGCUUUGUUUGGCUAAAAAAUUGAACCAUGAAUCUAUUGAGAGGCUUUUGGAGGAAACAAAUGAUAACAAUGAAGUUCUGAUCAACAAUAGAGUUAAUCAGGUUGAUCAAAUCUGUAUUGCAAGAAAUAUUAAACCUGAGACAUCACCAGAUAUUAGACCGUUAACAGCAUUGAAAUCAAAUUUUACAACCGAGAUGAAGAUUGAUGAAGAAAAGAGUGAACAGCUUGACAGUUCUGAAAGUCUAGAUUCUUGCAAGGAAAAAGAUUCAGAGCAAACUGUACAGCCACCUUCUCUUCCACCGGCACCAGAAAAACUGAUUCAACGACGUGAUCCACUGACUCGACUUCUUAAUCUACAUUUAAUCAUGAAAUCAGAUAAUGAAAUAAGAUAUGAAGGUAAAUUAUCCAAUAGUCCAUCAUCUCCUCCAGUUGGUUAUAUUGCGAAGAGAAAGGUUUCCUUUGUGACUGAAUAUUUUGAGAAGAUUGAAUCUCGACGGGAAUCUCUUUAUCGAACUGAUAGUGGACGAUGGUCAACUCCAGAUACAAAUUCGAUGUCAGAUAAAAAUGGCAACAUUUUUUCAGGAGCUUGUAAAAGUAUCCAGUGUGAAGCAAACAAGGAACAAAUUUCUGAACCUUUGACUAUCCAUGAAGUAGCUAACAAUGGAGCAGUUGAAAUAGUCGCUUUACAUAUUGAUCAGUUAACUUCAGUUGACAUGGCUGACACUGAUGGGAAUACACCUUUGCAUCAUGCAGCUCGAGGUGGACAAGUAGCUGUUGUUAGAUUUUUACUCUCAAAAGGAGCCAAUCUUAAAUGUAAAAAUUCGGAAGGUAGGAAUGCUCUUCAUGUAGCUUGUUUUUCUGGAGAUGAAGAUGUUGUUCGAGAGUUGAUUCUUUUUGGAAUUGACCUCGAAGCAAGGGAUAACGAGAAAAAUACAGCAUUGAUUAUUGCAUCUUCACUGGGCCAUUUGAAGAUAGUUCAAUUGUUGACUUCCAGUGGAGCUCAAGUAAAUGUUAAAAAUUCAAGGAAACAAACUCCACUCCAUAAAGCCUCUUUUAAUGGAUUUGCUGAUGUUGUUGAUCAUUUAAUUGUAAAAGGAGCUCAAACCAAUGUAGUUGAUUCGGAAAAAGAUACUCCUCUCCACCUAGCAGCCCACAAAGGGCACAUAGAAACGGUUCGAAUCCUUCUAGACUAUGGAGCAACUAGCGAUGUUAAAAAUAAACUAAAACGUCAACCUUUUCACGAAGCUGCAUAUAACGGGUCAACUGAAGUAAUGAAUUUACUACUUUCUCGGAAAACUAAUUUGAAUUCAAAAGACAAAAAUGGUGACACGGCUCUCAAUUUAGCGGCAGCAAUGGGCCAUUCAGCAGUUAUUGAGUUGUUAUUGGAGAGAGGAGCCAGAAUCAAUCCAAAGAAAGAUCGAACCACAUCGGCUUUACACAUGGCAGUAAUAAAUGAACACGUUGAUUCUUUAGAGCUUUUGUUAGAAAGAAAAGCCAACAUUGCCGUGAAAGACAAGAACAAUGACACUCCGUUACAUUUUGCGUGUUCCCAAGGAAACACUCGCCUUGUUCAGACUCUUUUAAAUUAUCAGUCUCCUGUGAAUGUUAAAGGAAGCAAUGGAAGGACUCCUCUGCAUUUAGCCGUUCUCAAUGAACAAACUAAAAUGAUUAGUAUGCUACUAGAAAAAGGUGCCGAUAAAACAAUUAAAGACUCUGAUGGUAAAACAGCUCUACAUUAUGCCAAAGUGCGAAGUUAUCAAGAAGCUAUUCAAGAGUUGUCUGGUUAAUAAUCCUGAGGAACUACUUUAUACCAUUUAUUGGUUAUCAUCAUUCAAUCUUCACCCAAACUCAUCACUUUUAUAUUCUCUAAUUAAUUUGAAAAAUUUUUAGUUUCAACUGUCAACAUUAACUCUUAUGACAAUCUUCACAACUGAUUUGUUAAAAUGAUUUGCCAAGAUGCUCAAAUUUUUUAACUUCAACUUUUAAUAUACUCAUUGUGCAAUUUUCAAUUUACGACCGUAGGAUUUCAAUUCUUGGUACCCAAUAACCUGUUUUACUCAGAUCGUUCCUGAUUUGUAUCUACCCAGUGCUUUCAACAACAUCUAUCAUUUUCUGUGUAAAUUCACUUGAUUUAUAACAAGUGACUAUUUUCACUAUCAAUUUCACUCUUUCUCACAAUUUUGUAAUACUUUCCAAGUAUUUUAAUAUUAACAUACUUUUUAUAGCAUCUAUA